UCGGGGAGGUUCGUGUUUUUUUUUUCUUUUUUUUUAGUGUUCAGCAACACCGAGUUGUGAUUCGUUUUCGAGACUUAACUGACAUUAGGUAGCAAGCUUUGCAGCUUAUCCAACGAAUAGGCGAAUAAACGAAGAACGAUCUCGCUUGCUACGCAGUUUGCAAACUAGGCGUUCGACUGCAUACGGAGCUAGCUAAGUUGAGAGUUUCUGACUGACAACUUGUGGCUGCGUAGGAACUCUUAAUUUCUGCAGAUAUAAUUACAAAUUGAAUGUUAGAUGGUUAAAAUGGGCAAAGAUUACUACGCCGUGCUGGGCAUACAAAAAGGCGCAAGUGAGGACGAGAUCAAGAAGGCUUACCGUAAACAAGCUCUGCGAUAUCACCCGGACAAAAACAAGUCACCUGGGGCCGAGGAGAAAUUUAAAGAGAUCGCGGAAGCCUACGAUGUGUUAAGUGACCCCAAGAAGAAGGACAUCUACGACCGCUUUGGAGAAGAAGGUCUUAAGGGCAACCCCGGCGCCGGAGGCCCCAAUGGCACCAACUUCAACUACACUUUCCACGGCGACCCCCACGCCAUGUUCACCGAGUUCUUCGGCGGGCGCAACCCCUUCGACCAGUUCUUCAACCGCAAUGGGGUGGACGAGGACAUGGAUGUGGACGACCCCUUUGCCAGCUUCGGGAUGGGCGGGAUGGGGGGCAUGGGUGGGUUCCCCAGGUCCUUCAGCGCCCGCUCGGGGAUGGUGGAGAAGAAGCAGGACCCGCCGGUGGUGCACGAGCUGAAGGUGACCCUGGAGGAGGUCUUCUCGGGCUGCACCAAGAAGAUGAAGAUCUCCCACAAGCGGCUGAACCCCGACGGCCGCACCACCCGCAGCGAGGACAAGAUCCUCACGGUGGAGAUCAAGCGCGGCUGGAAGGAGGGGACCAAGAUCACCUUCCCCAAGGAGGGCGACGAGACGCCCACCAACAUCCCUGCCAACGUGGUGUUCGUGGUCAAGGACAAGCCGCACGCCAUCUUCCGCAGGGACGGCUCUGACAUUGUCUACCCCGCCCGCAUCACGCUGAAAGAGGCCCUGUGUGGCUGCACGGUCAACGCCCCCACCCUAGAUGGCAGGACCGUCACCGUGACGACCCAGGAGGUGGUCAAGCCCGGGAUGAAGCAGCGUGUGACAGGGGAGGGUCUGCCCCUGCCGAAGUGCCCCGAGCGGCGGGGCGACCUGGUGGUGGAGUUCGAGGUGAAGUUCCCGGAUAAGCUGAGUCAGACCACACGCGACGCCCUGAGCAAGGCGCUGCCGGCGUCGUGAACCAGGGGGGAGGGGGAGCCCCACCCCCGCCGUCAGCGGAGAGCUUCAGAAACACCCCCACCGCCGGGAGACCCCCGCAGAACUCGUCCACUUCCGCUGCCCGCCGCAAAAAAAAAAAAAAAGGACG